AUGGAAGAGGCACGACAUGCGAUCGAGGCGUUUCUGGCUCGCAAUGGCCAUCAUGAUACCACUGUUCACGAGACGGUGGCCCCAGCGGUCACUCACGAGCUCGUGACGAGAACAGAACAUCGUGCAAGUCUUCAUGACAAGACUCAUUCGAGCGAGAUCCACCAUUACCACACCUCGGUGCAACCUAUCACGCAGGAGGAGCACAGCGAGGAGCAGAACCACAACGUUGUCCAAGAUGUCGAAGAACAAAACUUCGAGUAUGGCGAUCCCGAAGAUACCUCCCGGCGUCUUGCAGAGUUGGAUGCAGAGUACCAAAACAGCCGUGAAGAAGUCAUCGCAGAGAGCACAACCACGGAGCUGCCAACCAUCGAGGGCCUGCAUAUCCAUCACCAUGUCCACGAGAGAAUUCAGCCUGUCAUCGACAAGCGGACAUAUGAAACACACAUUUACCAUGUGGUUGUGCCGGUGCGAGAGAUCCACCACAACGCAGCUCAUUAUCAUCCUUCUUCUCCACUCGCAACUGUCACAUUGGACCAGUUCAAGCAAGCCGGCGGCACACUCAACGGCCGUGAGGAGCGCUACGAUGCGUUCGAGGGGGAGCCUCGCGCAGUUAGUAAGGCACUGAGCGGCCAGACCUCCUUUGCAUCGCCGGCCACCGGUGGUAACCCUCAGGGAGGACUCGUUAACAUCCCAGCACCCAACCCGCAGGCGCAGACCGACGAUGCACCCGCAGCAGCUCCUCCAGCUAAGGUCUCUCGGGUAGCCACAUUUGCGGAUCCUAUCGCAGCGCCCAGAUCUGAGCCAAUUCCUCAAUCGGAAUUUGACCCGACGACAAUUGCUUCCCGAACUGCCCCCAAUUCUGGCAUCUUUCGUCUUCCCACGCGCGUCCCUACAGCUCCCGCUACGAGUCUAGCCCCAGACUCUACUGCGCCUACUCCAGAUACCAGUGACUCUGUCCCUGCUCCGCUGCCACGCGCACCCACUGCGCCCCCUACCUUUGCGCCCACUGCUCUUGCUCGAGAACCAACCAUUCCCCCAAGUCAUCCCCUGAUGCGUCCCGCUACUCAUAUUCCCCGCGAAGCAUACCGACAGGGUCUUGGUAGAGCUGGGACUGGCCAUGCGCGACCCUCACGAAGCCGACCUGCCGCCAGGUCGCGACGUACUGGCUCUCCGCCGUCACCACCGCCUCCAGCACCUGCAACGCAGUGA